GGGGGGGUUAGGGAAUAGGUGCUUUAAACACAAGCACAAAGUUGCCAUUUCUGCCUCAAAAGCUUGUUGCUUGAUUUAAGGGUGAGGCACAGCAAGGAAGGAAAAUAGCCAAGAGGAUGGUGAGAAAUGGUGAGAGGAGAAUGUGGAAUUGCAUGGAGGAAUGUGGAAAAGCUGCUGCUGCCUGCUAUGGGCCUGAGGGAGGGCCUGUAGUUCCGUAAAUUGGGCUGAAGUUUGAGCAGUGCUACAUUUAGUUAUAAAAUGGGGGAGGAUCGGAGGGGAAAAUCUGGACAUUGCUAAUCCUUGAGUUACUCUUCCAGCUUUUAAAGAGCAGAGUGGUGACAGAUAGAGAAGUUCCUACCAGUGGUAAUUAUGUGACAGUGCUCAUUUUGCGAUACGCUUGCACUUGGUCACUUCGUAGGGCAGGGAAAGGUAAUUUAGAACUGUUAGCUUCUGGGACUGAUGCUAGCAGGCAAAGUGAAGGAUGGGUUGUUCACUCUAAUGUUUCCAAAACAUCUUAGUAGAUGUUAUCCUCUUUGCCACAAAACACCUCUUCCCCAGAUUUGGUAAGAUGGUAGGCUACCUUCUAACUGGAAUAGGGUUUAAUUUUAUUCUGGCUGUAAAAACACUGACCAUCUGUGAACUGAGCAUGAGUUGAGGUGCUGAGCCCUCCCAUCCCAUAUACUGCAAAGGGAGGUGUUCGUGUCUGGGCUGCUUCUGGCCUCCAGAACUGUAAGAGCUUUGUGUUUUAGCCCUGGGUUUGAAAAGACGAGGAGGUGAGGAUGCCUUAUGCAAGGGAGGGUGAUGCAGCCAUGGUCUGUGGGGUUUGUGCGUCUGGAUGAAGGGAUCUAGAUGGCCCCUGCAGUUGUGAUGAGAAGAAUGGCGGGGCUGGGGGCCUGGCUGCCCAGGUUUGAGCAGCAGAAGAAACCACAGAAAGGAUGUGGCAGUGGGACAGUGCUGGUCAGAUUGCAAGCUGACUCAGCAGGGUAGACAGCCAUCUCCAGCCAGCCAGAACUUUGGUGUGGAGGCAUUAUAUUUAUAAAGGGAAAUGGAUACCCCAGCAGAGAAAGAAUAAAUAGCUUCAUGUUUGACUUUGAUCUGAGAUUAGGUUCUCCUUGCUGCCUCCAUCAAUCGGGCAGUCAUCCCCCAGGCACUGUGUGGAAGGUAAAGGAGAAGCCGAGCAAGUUACACCUUCAGUCAGCUUGGGUUGGCAUCGCUCCUGGAUAGAGUUCAGAGCCAAAAUACCUGUGCCAGGGUACUAAAGGCCACCAAGGACCAUCAGCCUGCCCUCUGUUAUAACUUGCCAUGAAGCUUCCCAUAUGCUGAGGUUUGCAAAUGAGGUUAUGGGUCGAUUGGCCAGAAUGGACUUACAGGGCAGCACUGGGGCCCAACUCAGUGGCUAUCAAGAAAAGGCAAAGGCACCUUGAUGACGUGUAGGGCUGAUGUAGCAAUACAGAUACCCAGAGCUUUCAUUUCUAAUGGGGUAUACCUCUGUCUGGCUGCAGUGGUGUGACCAUUGUGGGGAAAGGCAGUGGUGGGAUGGUGUGGUAGCUGGAGAACACAGAAAAGGUACGAAGAUAUGAGUAAGGGUGGGAAGCCAGCUCUGCAGGCGUGAUCCUCGGGGUUGUGAGGCUCUGUGGAUCCAGCUGGUCUGGAUGGGGUGAGUUCAGUUCCACAAAUAACUGAAGGCAAGAGGAUGUAAUGGAGGAGAUAAAGGGCAAAAAGCAAUGAUGUGUCGAAGGCAUGGGGCCGCCUGGCUGGCUCACAACUUAGGAGAGCAUUUGGUAAGCAAAGUGCAACAGACAUGCAAAAGUAUGAUUGUGUUAAUGUGAGUAGAUGAUCUUAAAUCUUAGGAACCACUGUAGCUAGAAAUAACUGCAUGGAGCAGUAGCCCUGGGGAGCUGUCAGGAGAUGUCAUCCAUUGGAAUGAUAAUUCCCUUGGACCAGGCUGAGCAAACUUAGCACGUUGGAUAUCCUUUUGUGAAAGAGGGGGGGGGAUGUAUUCAGCAUCCUUCAGGUAUCCUGGGCCAGUUAACCACUGCUAUACAGUGUCUUAUCCUAAAUGUUAAAUGCAAUGUAAAUGUGGCAGAAAGUUUGCACAGUCUCCUUUAAAUAAUGGAUUUAAGAUUGAAUCCUAAAAAUACAUUUCUCAUUAAAAUGAAGUUUUGAAAUGAGCUCCCACAGGAUUCUGCUCUUUGUGUGUCAGAGGAAUGGAUUAAAAUCAGAAAAAUGUGGGCCUUGUACUUGCUCCCAACUGAAACCCAUCAGUCUUACUACACAUCCAAAUAAGGCGUCUCCUAAGCAUAUGCUAUGCUUACAAAUGCAUUUCUAGAAAAAAAAAAAGUGUAUGAUUUGAAUAUAUGUCAGAAUUUAUACAGAAGAAUGUUAUUUAAAAUGAAUAAAAAUAAAUGUAUAUAAUUUGUAUCUAUGCCACUUGGAUUUUUGCAUUUGUUUUUUGUUCAUUUGAGUUCAGCAGGAGUCUUUGUACAGAUAGCAAUCAGAGCUGGCUUGAAACCUAAAGGAAUGAAUCUGAUCUCAUCCCAGUAAUGACAUUUGUUCCAAGAGAAUUAUUCCUUCAUUAUACCGCUGUAUGUGAGAUGAGAACUGUGGCCUAAAAAUGUUUUUUAACAUCAGAUAUUCAUUAGUCCGGCUGACACUGUGUCACAUAAUCCAUCUGAAAAAUGAGCCCUGUGAUCUGUUGUGUCUGCUUAUUAACCAUUCCAGCUUUCAGCUUUCAUUCAUGUGUUUGGUAGCUGGACAGCCAACACUUAUUUCCUCAUCAUUUAAUGUGAUAUUCACAUAGACAUAUUUUGUCAGAAAUCUCUGCAGUCAUUAAAAAUGAAACCUGCAGAGCAAAGAAAUUGGAAGAGGAUAUUGUAUCGUAUUUUUUCUUCAUGACCACAGUGGGUCUUCCAAAGAAAAUUUGUGUUGAUCAGACACUCUGACAUCCACAUCUGUGUGUCAGUAGUAUUGGACAUCUUUUUGGCCAUGUCUGCAAAAGGACUUAUGAGAAACUUGCACUUCUUUCUCGCUUUUCAGUAUUAUCUGUUUGGUGUAAAUACAAAUGCUAAAGGCUAGUUUUGCCUGCUGAAUGUUAUGUCUAACUCUUUGACUCCUAUUAAGCAAAGAACCUGAAGAGAGGUGAGUCAGCAUCAAUUAAGCGAACUUAAGAACUACGUGUUCAUUCAAAUGCUUAACUGAGCCAGAGCUAUAAAAGCAAGGGCCACAGUAGUGAAAUUCCAGGGAGUUUAUUGAGACCUGAUUUGCAUUAGCAGAACAGUUUGAUUCUGCAUGACUUAGCUGAGGAGGAAUUUUGCUCAGGAGUGAGCAAAACUGAAUGCUGAACUAGGUCCCCAGUGCCAAGACUUGAGGACAGCAAGCAACCCAGGUUCAGCUGGUGGUGACAUGUGUCCUUGUGUCACCACCGUGCUUCUGCACUGAGCAGCAGGCUGUCCCUCUGCUGUCUGACACUUCGUGGUCAACAUAGAAUCACAGAAUGGCUCAGGUUGGAAGGGACCUUAAAGAUCGUCCAGUUCCAACCCUCUGCUGUUGACUGGUUGCCCCCCACCAGAUCAGGCUGCCCAGGGCCCCAUCCAGCCUGGUCUUGAACUCCUCCAGGGAUGGGGCAUCCACAACUUCUUUGGACAACCUGUUCAUGGAUCAUACCAUUGCACUGCCCAGAAGUGUGUAUUUGUUAGACUCCCUCUAGCACUUCGUUUCUGGAGCAGUAAGAAUCUCAGACUGGCUUCUGAAGUAGAACACCAUUCCAGCUUGGCUUGCUGGUACAGGGAUUUUCCACAAUCUCCCCAAAUGUACUGCUAAUUAAGAUAAGGUUAAAUAACAUUAAGAAGAUUAUCAUGAGUUGUUAAUGGCUUUUACACAGUAUGUUUACCUUCCUUGCCUCUCACAGCUGCAGACUAAAACUUUGGGCAGUGCAGUGACCCAGGGAAGUUUUCCAUCACAUCUGCAUAUGUAUGUGUGUACAUCUCUGUCUGUAUGCCGUUGUCCAUCAGACAAUCAUUUCAUGAGGUGUUGACAAGGAAGGCCCUUCUGAUUUCCUUUCAGGAAGGAAUAUGCUGGGACUCUGCAGACUCAGCACUUGUGGCUGAUGGACGGUGACUUAAGGGCAUGCAUCAAAUAUAUAAUAUCCUACCAUAACCUUAACCAACAGCACACUGGUAUCCUAAAUAAGUGUUCACUCAUUUUAUGAAGUGAAUGCUCAUUUCUGCUUUGUAAGGGUGUGCAGACACAAUGCAGACGGGAUGAAGGGAUCUUGGUGCCAUAUGGAAGACCUGGUUUUGCACACUGAGCUUCAGCAGGACAGAAGGUGAGGCCACUGUAAAAGGGGAGCCGGUCACAUCAGGUGACAAAUGUCUCCGGAAGGCAGCGGGGGAGUUGAAGGGACCGAGCAUAUCUUAGGACCCUCAGACCCCAAGUGGAAAGCAUCAGGCAUGGCUGACUGGAAAGGAGAUGAGAUUAAGAGCUUAGUUGUACCAAGCAGUACAUUUCCUUACUGUUUGGAGCACCGACAGCUGCUCCACAUGCACUCAUGUGCAUCCAGAGAAGAGUGACAGAAGCAGGGAUGGGCAGCCCACCGUGACCACACACGCCUGGGGCUGGGACUGGGGUACACCUGGGCUGACAGCAUUCACCUGCUCCCAACAGAGAGCAGAGCUGCAGGGGGAUAAGCUGAGAACAUAAAGCUAAUCAUCAUAGCCCACAGCCUGAGCCAGCCCUGUCGGUGGGCCAUUUCCCAGCCAGGUGAGAAUCCCCUGGAGGCAGCCCAGCCGGUGACUGAGGGAAACGUGACACACUUGGAACAGCCGAGGAAACCAAACGCCGCCGCUGAUCCUGAGGGGAGAGCGGUGCGUGUCCCGCCCCACAGAGUGUCCUUAUGUUACAGUGCCACCAAGAAGAGGAAGGAGCUCGCUGUCUGGAUUUCCCCGCUCCCCUGGGCCAGCAGCUGCAGAAAUAUCCCUUUCCCACUGGGAAAAUCCCAGUGCUCUGACUCAUGUGUGGAAUGUCACAGAGAUGUAUGUCAGUGCCACAGUCUGAACCGCUGAGGUAGAUGUGUGAAGUAGAGCAAGGCUGGCCCUCAGCGUGGCUACACUCUGCCGGUGACUGGAACUUUGUUCUAAAACUUGAGUUUAGGUGUCUGACACCUUGAGUUUAGCGUCAGACACUCCGAGUCUGACGCUGUGCCCUCAGUAAAGAUGACGGCCCAGGAUCGCCGCCUCUCUGUCGGCUUUAAAAAGAUGGCGGCUCUGUACGUCGCUUCUCCUUCCCUCACUCAAGAUGGCGUCCACCCCUCUCCUCCCUUGCGCCCAGCUGGCAGUCACCGCCCCACACUGCCCUCAACCAACAUGGCGCCCGCUCGCCCACCUCCUGCCAGUACCCACAACAAAGAUGGCGCCCCCUUUCGUUCCCAUUGUGCCCUCCUCCUGCCCUCCUCCUCGCUGCCUUCAGCGGCUUCAUCUCCGUCGACGCAAAGAUGGCGGAAGCGGUUGCGGCCGUUUGAAUUCCAGCGGAGCCGCCAAAGCUGCGCACAAAGGCGCCGGAGCCGUGGCUGGCUGUGGGGUCCGCGUGCAGGCGGCGGUAUGGAUUCUCUGCCAGGGGAAGACAUGACGCUGCCGGUGGGCUUCGAGGGCAGUGUCUCCGCGCUGCCAGACAUCUCCCACAAGGGCCCGCAGCUCGAGCCGGCCGGCUGCCGAGGAUUACCAGAUGUGGCAGAAGACACGGUCUCACCAACCAGAGCUCGGACCAUGAAGGACUAUGAAAAUCAAAUCUCUGAUCUGAAAAAAGAGAACUUCAACCUGAAGCUUCGUAUAUACUUCCUGGAAAUGCAAAUGCAGCAGAAGUUUGAUGGUCCCACUGAAGAUAUGUACAAAAUUAACAUCGAGCUGAAAGUUGAGAUAGAAAGUCUGAAGCGUGAUCUGCAGGAGAGAGAGAAGCUACUCAUCAAGGCCUCAAAGGCAGUUGAAAGCCUGGCCCAGGGUGGUGAUGCUGAAAUACAGCGUGUGAAAGAGGAGGCACAAAAGAAGUUACAAGAAAUGGAAGGAAUCUUGACUGGCAGAAUAAACCUUCUGGAGGAGAAUCUUAGGGCUGCCCAAGAAGAGGUGGAGAAAGCCAUUGCAAUGGCAGAGAAGGAGAAAACAUUGAGAAUUGUUGCUGAGCAGAAACUUUCUUCAGUUACAAAUGCUCCUGCGAAGGAUCUGGAUAUGAUUGCAGGAGCUGAGGACAGACUUAUAGAGCGACUGAAUCUGUCUUUGAAAAGUAAAGAAGCUGUAAUUCAACAUCUUGAAGAGGAAAACUCUCAGAGCAGACUUGGUGACGGGAACUUAUCAGCAGAAAAAAUCGAAGAACUUACCAUUGCUUUGAGACAUGAAAAAGAUGGUGAGAUAGAGGCUAUUAAGAUGGAGCUUAAAAAUGAGAGAAAUUCCUUGGAAAAAAAAAUCCAGUCUCUCGAAGAAGAGUUGCAAGAAAGAGAAAAUGAGCUUGCUGUUGAAAAGAAGAAUGGCUUGAAAAGGGAUAAAACCAUUCAAGGGCUAACUGUUGCACUAAAAGCAAAGGAAAAGGAGAAUGAAGAACUUGCUUCUGAAGUUGAAGCUCUCACUGCUUCGUUGGCUAAGGCAAGAGAGGCAACUCAUCAAGCACACAUCCAAAAAUUCAAGGGUGCUGAGGAUUAUCAAGCUCUCCUGAUGGAAAAAGAGACCCUCUUAGCAGAGCUGCGUUCAGAAAACCUCACAAAAGAUGCUGAGAAUCAUAAACUACAACGGAGGAUUAAAAGGACUGAUCAAGAGCUAAAUGAUCUGAAUUUAGAAAAGGAGAAAAUGGAGAAGGAGCUGGAUGAAGCACAGCUGCAGAAGAGUAGAAGUGACAAAACCAUUAAUGAUCUUAGAAAUCAAGUAGAGAAAUUACACGGUGAAAUGGCUGAGAAGGAAAAAGCUGUUGAACAUCAUUACAAUAUUCUUUUGAGCGAAAGCAAUCAGCAAUUGCAGAGCCAAGAACUACUUAUCAAGCAACUAACAGACAACGUCAGUCAGAAGAAUCUAUUGCUUCAGAAAUCUGAUGAAACAAUUAAAGAAAAGGAAGCAGAAUUCCAAGAGCUGCUGAAUAAGUACAAGAACCUUCUAAGAGACAAUCAAGAACUUGAGCUGAAAAAUGAGGGCUUGGUAAAGGAAAAAUAUGCUGCACAGUCUGAACAGUCAGUCAUCAGGAUAGUCAGAGAGUUAGAGGAAAAGAAAGAAUCUGAAUAUGAAAAGCUGAUCCUUGCUUUAAAAAAGGAACAAAAUAUUUAUUCUACACUGGUGCAGACCUUUAAGGAAUCAGAUAGUUUAAAUAGCCUGCAGACAGAACUAAACAAGAUCUUCAUGUUACGGAAGCAACUAGAAGAUGACAUUCUAGCCACUCGGAAUCUACAGAAGGUCUUAGAAGAUCAGAUUAAGAAUGCUAGAAACAGACAAGAUGCAACACUAUCUUUCUGUGGAGAUCAAACAUCUUAUAUGAGUAUUUGCUUAGGAGAGCAAGAUAAUUUAAACCUGCAGAUAGACCAUCUGUCUCUUGAAGAACUUAAGCAAAAGGUCGCUGAUCUUCUCUUGAUGGUUAAGGACCUGCAGUUAAUUAAUCAAGAACUUAAGAUGAAACAGCUUGGAUUCUUCACAACAGAUUCUCAAGGGAAGGAAGCAGUGAAGAUAUUAAGCCAGAGUGAGUUUCUUGAAAUAACAGAAGAGCGGGUGAAGCCGACUGAAGACGGUGACAGUGACAGGAAGAUGCAGAACAGUCAGUUUUAUGAGAGGGACAGUCAGGUAUGCCUUCAUGAAUCCAUGGAUUGUCCUCCUGAGGUGGAUAAGCAGAUAACUCCAUCAGGCUGUUCAGAGAGUUUCUGCAAAGAUAGGCAUUAUAGGAAUCCAAAUAAGCCUCAGCUUGAACAUGAUACAACUGGCAAACACUUUGGCAGAAUAGGGAUGAGUGAACAUGAAACAGAAGAGAUGAACUUGCUCACAUCUCUUUUAAGGGAAAAUAGAACAUCUGUACUUGAAUCUACCAGACAAGAACAAAUGAAAGCUGUAAAUGAACUGUUAGAUCAUCUGAACACAACUGAGCAAGAAUGUUCAAGUGAAGACAUAGAGAAAAAGAAUGAAAAAGAUCUUAGGCAAAUGAUUAUUCAACUAAGAGCUGAGCUCAAACAUUUCAAGCAGGCCAAUAAAUUCUUAAAGCAGCAAGCAGAAUUAAAAUCAACUUUUGAUGGGAAAGAGAAGCUUCAUGCAGAUGCAGUGCCACAGAUUAAUAAGGAUAUUGAGUUGCUGAAAGCGGAACUGAAAGAUGCAGCUACACAAACAAUGACUUUAGAGGGUAAUGUCAUGAGAUUCAAAUGUGAAGGCAAUAAAGGAGCCUCGGAAGGAAAAACAAAAUAUUCAAGAUUAAAUGCAGAAGGAGAACUUCAUCAGGAAAAUGUGUGUAAGAAGAGCGAGCAGCAUGAAAGAGGCUUUUUCUCCAGGAGAACAAAUGAAACUGAUGCUGCUCACCUGCCAAGGAAGUCCAGGCUGCCUGUUCUGCUACGAUCAUCCAGAGCAGCAGGAAACUGGCCUGUGAGCUCCUCUGUGCACAGAUCAGAUUCGGAACUCUGGCAUCACACCGGAGCACCUUACAAAGGUCUGAAGGCACGUGAGGUUCAAACCGAGCAACUUCAGCCACAAGCAAAUGGAGAGCUGCUAUUGCACGAGUGUGGAACUGAAGACCUGCAAGGAGAGCCUGCACAGGAGAGCACAUUAGUGGGAGGUGACUCAUUCAGCAAAGCAGACAGCAGUGGGGCCCAGGUUGAAUCACAGGAUGUCAAAUGUGAUACAGGGGGCAAGAAUGAAUAUGUGAUGUACAGAAAUCAGCAGAACUGUCAAGAAAUGGAAAAUCAUCGUGACAUUAACGAUGUGAAUAUCCAGCAUUCAUUAAAAGAAAUAAAUGAAGAGCUUUAUUCAAUGGAACAUGAGGACACUGACUCAGCCAGAGCACAUCCAGGUUCCAAGUGUCUUCGUUCUCUCGAAUUGAGUGUAACAAGCACAGAUGCACUUGAUGACUGCGAAGUCGUAGAUGAUAGAGAAGAACUGAAACAAAGAAUUAAGAAUAUGCAGUCUGAACUUGAAAAGUACAAAAUGUUCGUAUUUCAUUUACAGACCUCUGACCAGCUUUUAUUGAGUGGUAUUUCCAAUGCAGUCCUGAGUGACGCAGCUUUGCCUGGGGAAGGACGUUUUGUACAAGAUACAGCUAUGCAAGAAAUCAAACCAUUUUCUGGUUUACAUCAGCUGAUGGAUUACGAGAUUUGCACAGAAAAUAGGAAUUUACAGUCUUCAAAAGCACAAACCUUGCGGCCAGCACAAAACCUCAAGGAAAUACUCUCAGCUAAUGAGACAGACCUCAAAAAAGAGCAGGUUGCAGAUAUGCAUCCUGAUGAAGUGUAUUGUCUUCAAAACAAAUUGAGAGACACAUCGCCGUCCAAAUAUGAUUCAGUAGUUCAUUCACGAGCUCGAGAGCUUUCCUUUCAACACCACCAAAUUAAGGAGAUCCACAGUGGCUGUGUCACUUACCAUCAGCAUCUGACGAGCCUUAUUAAGGCUUUUGAGGAACUGCUUCAAGCCAGCGAUGUAGAUUAUUACGUUGCUGAAGGCUUCCGUGAGCAGCUGAAUCAAAGUGUGCUGUUGUUUGAGAAGCUGGAAAGGAAACUCGUGUAUGGAGAGUCAGUAGGUGCAGAAGUUACCAUACUUUAUGAAUUGGCUCAAAGGGAAAAUGAGAAGAAUGCCACAAUGUAUGAGGAGCUUAAGGAUGAAUCACCCGUACCAUCUGCUCUUCAUAGUCUGUCUGACUUUGAUUUGUCGGAGAAGUCAUCUCUUGGAUCAACAGAGCACAGGCAUGACCUAGGAGAAGGACAGCAUGCCACACUGGCGCUUCUGCCAAGCCAAUUUCCCCCAGAGUUAUUAAUGGAGUAUCUGAAUGAAAUUCGAAUCCUGAGACAACGUUUAGAAUACUCCAUAAAAAACAAUGAGAGACUGAGGAAGCAGCUUGAGAGACAAGUAACAAACAAGGAGCUAGAUCAAGGUUCUGCAAACAAUUUUAUCCAUGGCUCAGAGCAGCAUAAUUCUCUCACUUCUGAAGUACAUUUCCUGAGAAAGCAAAAUCAAGUCCUGAAUGCAAUGCUGGCAAAAGGAUCCAGAGAUAAACAAAAGGAAAAUGAAAAGCUAAGAGAAUCUCUUUCUAAAAAGAAUGCAAUCAUUGAGCAUCUUCAUGAGGAUUAUGAAUGCAUCAAGAAAGAAAAUGAAAGGUUGCAAAAACAAAUUGGCAAAAAGGAGGAUGAAACCAGAUAUCUGACAUGUGAAAUUUACAGCAGUCGUAAUGAAUUAAACAGGUUGCAAACGGAAAUGAAUGUAAAGCAGCAUCAGCUCUCUGAGAAUGAGAAGUUACUGCAGUCACUCCGAACUGAGAUCAAAGUUUAUGAAAAGCUGGAGGAAGCAAGGAGGAAGAGGACAGAUCCCAGAUGUGAUGCGUCAGAAGAAUUUCGAAAAGAUCAGAACAAUCCAGUUGACUUACAUGAACUACUGACUGAAAUACAGAGUUUGCGAGUACAACUUGAAAGAAGCAUAGAGACAAACAAGACUUUGCACGAAAAAUUAGAGGAGCAGCUUUCAAAAGAAAAGAAGGAGGAAAUGGGAUCAGUGUCAGCUGUGAAUAUCAAUUAUCUUUUCAAACAAGAAUCUCAGCAUUAUGCAGGAAUGAACGAAAAUCUUUGCAAAUGCCCUGCUUCCAGCAGAAACAUCUGUGAGCUUCAGAAGCACGGACAUGGCGUUCCGCUGGCAAAAACAGGUACACACUCUGCCUCUAAAGAUGACUUAGACUGCUGCAGUACCUCAUCUUCUGGUACAUCGUGUACCCCUCGUCUCGUCCCUGGGCAUCGGAUGUGGGCAGACAAAAAUGGGCGCCACGUCCUUGGUUUGAUUGAGGAUUACAAUGCUCUCCGGAAACAGAUUUCAGAAGGGCAGCAGGUUUUGGGAGAAAUGGAGGUUACUUUAAGAGAGGUUGCUGGUACGAAGCUGCAGGAGCCUGGAAUAAAGGUACCAGACCAGGCAUCGCUGCAAAGCUUUUCUGCAAGCACUAACACAGUGCAGCAGAUUUUAGAAGAGGCUGCACGUUUAUUGAAACUUCUCUGGAGAGUUUCCCUUCCAAUGAAAGCAGUACACGGCACUGUUCACGGCACUCAGGAUGAAGGAAUGAAAGCAGAAAUACUCAGAUUACGGAAGAAACUGUCUGAGCAAGAGAAGAAGUUACACAGCACAGUGAAACGCUUGCACUCCACAAACCAGCUGAAGGAAAACAUGGAGAAAGUCAUUAUUGACCAAUUGGUUUUAACUCACGAUGUCCUGAAGAAGGCUAGAGGAAACCUGGAAGUCCCAGCAGCUGACAAUCAAAAACCAGCUUCCUAUACCAGCAAAAAAAGGAUUCUCUGAAGGGGGAAGGUCCACUAAUAAAGACAGACCACUCCUCUGCCUGGUGGUUGCUUCUUUAUGCCUUACUAUUUAUUGAUGUAAAAAUGUUCAUUCAGCUUUUAACGGAAUCAGCCUUUUGGGGGGGGGUUAGAGCAAAACAAAAGAAAUAUUUUGGUAAAUAACUUAUUUAACAUUUUCUGUAAUGAAAAAGAUAUUGGUUUUUACUAUUUAUUACAAACAUGGUACUGGAGCUAUUGCAAAAACCCAGAUUUUUUUAAAGUUGGCUCAUUUGAGAUUUUAUAUUUCAUGUUAUACAGCUGUUUGUUGCUGUAGUCACACAGGUCCUGUAAGAAGCAGGAGCAUGCUCCAUCUUCCAGCCCCUUUCUCCACUUCUGAAAUGACAGCAUGGAGGUUAAAGAAGAACAGUUCUGCCAGCUGUCAUUGCUUGAGAGUAACAUAAACAAUGUUCAGUAUUUUAAAGCAUUUAACUCACAUCUGUAAGAUUCUCCUGGAAGCCGCCUCCUUCUGUGCUUCCUCACUGCCCUGUUAGGAAAUUAGAUUGAUGCUAGGUCUGAAAAUACUACUUCGGGUCAGACCAUGUAAUUAAAUUUUAAAAUAAUCACA